GUCUAGCAUUAAGAAGGCUUUCUUCCGAAUGUCCGCAUCCUGUAUACAAGUUUUUCUACCUAGGAAGGAAGAAAUGAUUUUGAAGUAUAUUAAAAAAAUUAUUUUCCCCUCUAUAACCGUGCUUGGCACUCUGGGGAACAUGACUAUUUCUAUGAAUUAUAUGUUCAGAUGGUGGGGAAGCCCUGAGAAGAAACCCAUACACCUUAUUCUCAUCCACUUGGCCUUUACAAAUAUCAUACUCCUUCUAUCAAAAGGAUUGCCUAAGACAAUAGAAGCUUUUGGUUUUAGAAACUUUCUAGAUGAAAUAGGCUGUAAGAUCAUUGUUUACCUGGGGAGGGUGGCCCGUGGCCUCUCCCUCUGCACCAGCAGUCUUCUCACUGUGGUCCAGGCCAUCAUCAUCAGUCCUAGAGGAUCUGGGUGGAGGAGGCUCAGGCCAAAAUCUGCAUGGCACAUUCUUCUAUUCUUCUUAUUUUUUUGGGUACUCAGUGCUUUAAUAAGUAUGAACCUAAUCUAUUUUAUCACAAGUACAGGUCUGAAUACAUCACAGCUUAAGAAUAGUGACAACUAUUGCUAUUUUAUGCUCCAAAGUCAGGAAAUAAAAUGGAUUUUUCUCCCUCUCAUGGUCCUUCGAGAUGCAGUGUUUCAGGGUGCCAUGGGAGGGGCCAGUGGCUACAUGUUAUUUCUUCUCCACAAGCACCACCAGCAUGUCCUCUACCUUCAGAACUCCAAGCUUCUCUACAGAACUCCCCCUGAGCUGAGAGCUGCUCAAAGUGUUCUCCUUCUGAUGCUCUGUUUUGUUUUAUUCUACUGGACAGAUGGUACUUUUUCCCUAAUUUUAAGUCUCUUAUCAAGGGACAAUACAUUGAUGGCAAAUACUCUAGAAUUUCUGACCCUUGGUUAUGCAACUUUUAGCUCCUUCGUGCUGAUUCACAGGGAAGGGUUUCUGGUUGGUUGUUGGCAUGCUCAGAUAGAGAAAUUGAGAAAAUGUCACUCUCAUUUAUAUGCCCAAUAGGUGUCAAAAAACCCCUCAAUUCUUCAAUAUUGUAGGUAAGACAAAAAUCCCACAAAGCAGUUCAUGCAUAUGAUUAUUCUCAAAUACUCCUCC